UUUUAUGUUAUUUUUAUGGAUUGCACGUGAAUUGUUGACAUUUACAUUUUAGUUUUACUUGUAUUUGGAUGUAAACUAAUGGAAAAGAAACCAAUUUUGUAUAAUUCUGUGUUAAAAUUACUGUAAAUCGUCUUGAUUAUCAUACAACAAAGUACAAACAUCAUAAUGUCAUCGAUAAUAAGAAAACAAGUAACUUAUGGUUUUCGAAAGACCUUUUUAACCGACAGAAAAGACUUUCUACAGUGGUUUCCAGGUCACAUGGGCAAAGGUUUGCGGCAAAUGCAACAAAAAUUAAAAAACAUUGAUUUAAUAAUCGAAGUAACGGACGCAAGAGUUCCAUUAUCAGGCCGUUGUCAUGAAUUAAAAAAUAUUCUAGGCGACAUAAAACCACAUAUUUAUGUACUAAAUAAAAUCGAUUUAACGGAUAUGGAACAUACAAAUCAAGCCAUCGAUCGUCUAAAGAAGGAUGGUGUGAAAAAUAUUGUCGUAACAAAUUUCAAAGAUCAAACAUGUAAGGGCAUGAAAUCCCUACUUCCAUUGGCAAUGAAUCUCAUAAAUAAAUCCGAACGUUUUAAUCGUGAGAAUGAAUGUGAAUUUAGCAUAAUGGUGGUUGGCAUUCCAAAUGUGGGAAAAUCAUCGCUAAUCAAUCGCCUACGUAAUAAUCAUCUUAAGAAGGGAAAUGCCGCUGCUGUUGGUGCUGUUGCCGGCAUUACACGUUCGGUGAUGACGAGAAUAAAAAUAAAGGAAAAUAUUUAUCUCGUCGAUACGCCGGGUAUUUUAUCGCCUGAAAUUAGAGAUAUUCAGGGUGGAUUGAAAUUAUCAUUGGCUGGCUGUAUUUUGGAUCAUUUAGUUGGGCCGGAAAAAAUGGCAGACUAUUUAUUAUUUUGGUUAAAUAAGCAGGGACGAUUUGAGUAUGUGGAGAAAUUUCAAUUACUCGAACCAAAUGAUAAUAUAUUCGAUGUUCUCGGUCAGAUUGCUGUUAAUUUAAAUAAAACGAUCAAAUUGAAAAACUUUGAUAAUAAAAUUAUCGUGAAACCAAAUUAUGCUUAUGCAGCUGAACUUUUUAUCAAGGCAUUUCGAUAUGGUGAAUUAGGAUUGUAUUGUUUAGAUCAAGAUAUUUUGGUUCGUUAAUUUAUAUAGUUAAAGGCAUUUUUUCUAUUAAGUUGUAAAUAAAUGUAUAUAGACAAUUCAAA